CCCGAGAGCCCGCCCGCCACCACGUGGGGCGGCGGCAGCGCGGGCGGAACCCAGGCUGGGCGGCUCGCGGCCCGCCCGGGCCUCUGCAGCUGGGGCGCCGGCGGAAGUGGGGGCGCCGGGCGCCGCGGACCUCGAUGAGGAAACCGAACAGGGAGGCUGUUUGCAGAGCCGCGGUGACCUGUCCAGAUCCCCUUGUAGCGAAUCUGGGAGGGCUAAGAACCACCCGUCUCCCCGAAUCCACACCUUCCUAUCCGCUGAGGGGGGCCCUGUCCAGCCUGGAAACUGUCCCUUGAAGUCACCCAGCCAGGAUAAUGCAGACUCCACCAGCCAUUCCUGUGCCUGUGCUCCGGCUCCCCCGGGGCCCUGAUGGCUUGAGCCGAGGCUUUGCCCCAGACGGACGCAGGGCCCCCCCGAAGCCAGAGGUUCCUGGAAGCCCGGGAUCUCCAGUAGGUCGAGAGUCUCGGGAAUCCCGGGAACAGCAGGCCCGAGCCGCACUUCGGGAACGCUACCUCCGCAGCCUGCUGGCCAUGGUGGGUCACCAGGUGAACUUCACACUGCACGAGGGUGUGCACGUGACCGCCCACUUCGGAGCCGCCGACCUGGACGUGGCCAACUUCUACGUGCUGCAGCUGCAGACGCCGAUAGGCGUGCAGGCCGAGGCGCUGCUGCGGUGUAGUGACAUUAUUUCCUACACCUUCAAGCCGUGAGGACGUGACUGUGUUCACCUUUCUGCCCGAGGCCUGGCCGCAGUAUCCCAGCCUCCAAAUGUUCACAAGCCCAGCACCCUGGGCCCCACAGGGUUUGGAACAUCCUUGGAAAUUUGAGCCGAGCGCCGGGCAACUCUGGCUUCUUGGGACCUGCGGAGUCCAGUCAGUAAAAUUCUGCAACCACAGGAGUUCUAGAGCCCGUUGGAAGGAAUGCUCUGCCUCACAGGAAUCUAAACUCUUAAAACAGGGCCUCAUGCCAGUUCCUGAAGACUGGGGGUUGGGGGCGGUUAAUAAAGGGCGGCACAUCGCAGAGUGGGAAAUUGUCUGUUGAAGUUGCGCAGUUCAGCCACCCCGGAAAAAGUCCCCUCUACUAAAGAACCCAUUAUUCCAGGAA